AAAUAAUUUGAGCAAGUACAAGUGAUUAAUAAUGUAAAAAGGGAGCUAGUUAACAAUGCCAAUACUAUUUACUGAGUCCCCACCCUAUACCUCCUCCAUCUUCACCACCACCCCUGGAAAAGAUCUAUACAGUUGUAUAGAGUACUGUGAACAUGGAGGUUUGUGUAGUCUCACUGGACCCGGGAUGACAGCAGUUUGCACGUGUGCGCAACGAUAUAGAGGACAGUUUUGCGAGGAAAUGGUCUUUUGGUUCGAGUUCUUUUUCCAGGAUAACAAACUAUUUCCAGUGACGGGUACUGGUUUCGCAGCCUUGUUCUGUAUCGGCGUCUCACUCGUCAUCCUAACGUUUUCCGGCGUCUUAUUCUACCGCAGAUACAAGAGGUUAAAGUCAAAAUCGCAAGAGAAAGUCCACUUUCAGCAGAACACAAACCCUAUAUUCGACGAUGUCCACCCGUCGAGCAGGCAGGAGUUGCUGGUGUACCAAGUAGCGCAGCCCCCCACCUCCACUUCUCCUCCUCCUAAACCCUGUUCACCUCAAGGACAAGGUAUCUGCUAUCUUGUCCCCACCUCACCCGAACCCGCUCCUGAAGCUGCCUGGCAGGACUUCCACAACCCCGGAUAUAGACAGAGUUAUAUCGAUAGUGGAGUCUAGCGCAUCACGCGCCGCACGCAACAACCGCGUGUAAACCUCCUCUGAACUAUUAUUUGUAGGGCACUAACUUAUUGAUGUUGUAUUUGAUGAAUUUAGACAAUGAAUGAAAGUGCACACCACGAACCAUGAAAGUGACUGCCGCGUACUGGCGCCGUGUAUAGCGGUAUUUAUUAGACAAUGAUAUGUCAGAAAUCCGACUAAUGUCAAACAUUCGCUUCAUAUUUGAAGUUUUUACGAUAGUUCUUGUUGGCGCAGCUCCACGUGCAUUUUUGUAAUGAUACUGCGCAGCUCCACGUGCAUUCUUGUAAUGAUACUGCGCAGCUGCAUGUGUGAAAUUUAAUGAUGCUGCACAGUUGCGUGUGCGGACUGUUAUGAUGCUGCAAAUACAAGACCCGCUCGAACUCUUGAUGACGAGCUUUACCGAGUCAGAUUCAAUGUGUACAUAUGAAACUUGUAAUUUUUAAUAUUAAUUUUCAAGCUAUAUUUGGAGGCGAUAAACUUAUUGAUUAAUUGAUACAUAUCUCGAAGCAACAAACUUUGGUGAUGUUGUAUGUGCUUUUUGUUGCAUGGAAAAUGUGGCUGCCAUGAAAGUAGAUAAACUUGAUCCACAUUAUUUGAAUGAAAAAUUUGCUUGAAGCAAAGAUACUUUAAAAAUUUGCUGCUCCAGAAUAAUUUUAUCCAAUGUAAGUUGACCUCUUACUGAAAAGCCGUUCUUUUGAUUGAACGAGGAAAUUUUAGGGAGUGUAUCAUUUAUUUUGUAGUUGGGCUAGGUUAGGUUACGAGCACACUUGAUAUCAAAUUUAAAGUUAAAAAGAUAAUAAGCUAAGAUUAGGGCAAUGUUGACAUUGGUUUACAUGUUAUAAAUGUUUGAAAUUUUGAUGACAUUUAUGCAGCUUUGUAUUUUUUAAUGAAUUGGAUUUAUAAAAUCGCCCAUGUUUGAUAUAGCCAUCAGAAUUUUGUGUAAUCCUCUGAAACAAGUCCUUAAUAUCUCAAAAUGGUGCUAGAUCUGUUUUAAGAGUAGAUCCUGAAGAUUUAUCUAAUUUGUUAAUACUCUGCUCAAAUUAUCAACUUAAAAUUCACAUUAUAAAUUGAGUUAAGUUUUUUUUCAGUUAUAUUGUUAGGAGUAGUUAUCAUAACUAUAUUUUCUUAAAUUCUCGACUUUAUUUUAAUGGCCAAAGUUCGUAGCAAUUUUGAAAAAUGUCAUGAUAUUUUGUAGGAUUAAAAAAGAUUUUUCUUCCUUAAGAAUUUAUUGAUUUUAGCCAACUUUAACUGCAUUAGAGCAGGCUAAUUUGGUAUUUGAUUUAAUAAAUAAAGAUGUUUUUACUCUUUAGAUGCUAUAUUAUUAACCUCAUUUUGGUUUUCCCUCCCAAAAACUUAA